GCUAUUUAAAAGGUUCCGGUUCCGUGUUGUUUACCUGCAGAUUACCGUUGUUGACAGAUCGCCGGUUUGAUCUCACGAGCUUCCGUCCUUUUUUCCCUUUACGUUAAUCACGUGAAACAUGUCGUCCGUGGAAGCGCGUGUGCAGCAGCUCCACGCCGCGGGGAUCCCGGGGAGGAAGAGCGCGACCACCGCGGGCCCGAGGAGGGCUGCUCUGGGGGAGAUCACCAACAACACAAAGAGGACCGUAAAAGAGUCGGCCAAACCAGCGCCGAGAGCUGUCCAUGCGGAGCAUCCUCUGGCGGAGGAGGAGCCUGCGGAUCUUCUCCCCCUGGUCUCAAACGAGUCCGACAUGUCCGUGGAGGAGGAGAAGGUGGAGGAGGACCUGUGCCAUGCGUUCUCUGCUGCACUGCACCAGGUGGAGGACGUGGACGAGCAGGACUCGGACCUCCCUCAGCUCUGCUCCGAAUACGUCAAAGACAUCUACAGCUACCUGCACGUCCUGGAGGUGCAGCAGGCCGUGCGGGCCGACUACAUGCAGGGUUACAAGAUCACGGAACGCAUGCGGGCCCUUCUGGUGGACUGGCUGGUCCAGGUCCACUCCAGGUUCCAGCUGCUGCAGGAGACGCUGUACCUCGCCGUCGCCGUGCUGGAUCGAUUCCUCCAGGUCCAGCCGGUCUCUCGCGGGAAGCUGCAGCUGGUCGGCGUCGCCGCCAUGCUGCUGGCCUGCAAGUACGAGGAGAUGUACGCCCCGGAGCUGGGGGACUUCACCUACAUCUCAGACGACGCCUUCACCAAGGCCCAGCUCCUGGAGAUGGAGCGGCUGGUUCUGAGGACCCUGAACUUUGAGCUGGGACGUCCCCUCCCGUUGCACUUCCUCAGACGGGCCUCCAAGGUGGCCAACUCUGACGUACAGAGGCACACGCUGGCCAAGUACCUGAUGGAGCUGACCCUCCUGGACUACGCCAUGGUCCACUACCGGCCCUCUGAGAUCGCUGCCGCCGCGCUGAGUCUCUCUCAGCUGCUUCUGGACGGGCUGCCGUGGUCUGUCACUCAGACGCUCUACUCCACCUACGACGACGCCCACCUGAAGCCCAUUAUGCAGCACAUCGCCAAGAACCUCGUGAUGGUGAACGAUGGGAGGAGCAAGUUCCAGGCCGUGAAGAGGAAGUACUCGAGCAGCCGGCUGAUGAAGGUCAGCCUGCUGCCUCAGCUGAGCUCGUCCACCGUGAAGACGAUGGCCUCCGCGCUGCUCGCCGACCUCUGAGGCCGACGUCCACUUAUCUCUGACCCAAAGCGGGUUUUCUGACUCCACCUUUGUUUUUUCUCAGCUGUGACGUUGGAACUCUUUGUUCCUCAGAUCUUACUCACGUGCACUUUAACUCAAGUUGAGAAAUUGCUCCACUUCUGAUUGGAUGUUAACGGUCGUCCCCUUUGUUUUAAUAUUUUGUGCCAUAGUCAUAGAAACGACCUUUUCACAUCUUGGAUGUUGCAUUUUUAUCUUUUUCUGCCUCAGUUAUUUAAUAGUGAACUUUUAUUUAUUUUCAGUUUGUGAUUCAAUCACAAGUUUUAAUAUUUGAUGACUAAUAACUUUGUGCGCUGCAUGUUUUAAAGUGAAUCUCUGUAUUUAUAACUUUUUACAAAGCUCUGGUGCCUCCAGGUAUAAAAUAAAACCAAAUCGCCAUCAAACUGUAAGCUGUUUAUUACU